AUGAAUCGUAUCAUCAAAACUCUCGUUUCUCUUUUGAUGGUUACCGUUGCUGCAUCCACCAAGAACAUGAUGAUUAGCGUUGAAGCCGAACCUCUUCGUCGCAUCCCGGUCAACAUGGACAGGACCGAUCUUCAGGGAAAUCGUACUCCUCGUGAUUAUCAUCGCUUGACCAAGAAGAAGGGUAGCAUCCUUGCUGCCAAGAGCCCCACCACCUCUGCCAAGACUGCCAAGAAGGCUGCUCAAAAGUUGAUCAAGAAAUCUCGUAUCCCGGCGACAGGUGAUUUCAAACCUCACACUCCACGUCUCGAGGUACCAGUUCCUACCUACAUUUCCUUCAUUCCUGCACCAGUUGUUUCGCAUGAGUUGGAUGACACUUUCAAGUCUUCCAACGUGCCAUCGGACGAACCAUCUUUGGUUCCUACCUUCUCCUCUUCGUGGGUGGAAGAACCAACCACGGUUUUUCCCAGCAACGACAGAGGUGCAAAAGUAACGGCCCAUCCCAGUCACGCUCCCACUACAGCAACUCCCUCCCAGAUAUAUCCCAACACUUCGGAAAUUCCUUCCGACGGACCGUCUUUGGUUCCAACAACAAUCAUGAUUGAGGAAAAUAUUCCAACGGCGGUUUUACACGCCAACAACGACCUUGAUGGAGAAGCAACGGCUCCUCCGAGCUUGACACCAAAACUCAAUCGACCAUUUGAUAUCUUGCCCACUCAGAGACGAUCGCUAGGAGAGUAUACCCUCCCUCCUGCCGAUCAGAGACCCAUCUAUAUUCCAUGUGUCGAAGUUUCCAACGCACCGACAUCUAUCGGAUCCGCAAGUGAAGCACCAUCCAGCGCAGAUGCGUCGUCAAUGACGACUGCAGUAAAAUGUGUUGAUGGCAUUAUAGCUGAACCGACAAGCACUGGCAUAUCUCCACCUGGCGCACUAUUCUUUUACGUGUGUCUCUGCGUUUUGAUUAUUGGGUAUGCAACUUUGAUUACAAAACAAUCCAGAGCGAAUAAGCCUCGAGAGGCGUCGGAGAGCCAAGAAGGCCAGUUUGUCAACAAUUGA